AUGUUGCCCGUCCUCCUCCUCCUCCUCCUCCUCUUCUUCUUCUUCCUCGCCUGUCCCGGCAGCUCGGCAGCCGGCCUGGGGAUCACAGCCCGCACGCUUUCUCCAUGCUACUCCGCUGACCUCAGGCCGGCAUCGGAGAGACUUGUCUCGGCCGUGGGCUGCACUGUGCUUUUGACGAUACCGCCGCUGAAGGCCAGCAAAGUUGUCUUCUGGGAAUACAAAACUGGCCCGCGGGAAGGAGUCAUUGUCAAUUAUGCUUUCGAUAGACCCGCCAACACGUCUCGCCCCUACGAGAAUCGCACGAGGUUCAAUGAAACGGACUUCUCGCUGCAGAUCGUGCUGCAGCGGGGAGACGACCGGCUGUACCGGUUCAGGUCUGAGUCGGAGGCCACGGACUGGUUCCAGCUGCGCGUUGUCGAACCGCUGUCCGAGCCAGAAAUCGUGGGCAACUCGUCAGUGAAGGCAGGAGGCAACACCAAACUGGUUUGCAAUGUCCUGGAAGGGAAGGCAGACUUGUACUGGUGGAAGAAAAAUGGCGAGCUGCUGCUGGGAAGCGACCACAUCCAGUUUGUUGACAACACCACCCUGUGCAUUGUUAAAGCGUCGAUGAACGACAGCGGCUACUACGCUUGCGUGGUCCGCAACGAAGUCAGCCAGAAUGAAACCUCCUUCCUGCUCCAUGUUCAGAACGCUGCGAACGUGGUGUUGCCUGUGAUCCUGGUGUGCGUUAUCGUCGGCUCGCUUGCGGGUGUCUUCGUCUGGUGCAGGAGAAGGGACCGCCCGUGUCGCAAUGGCUGUAGGUAGAGAGCUUGAGCGGCUGCGCCCUCGCUGCCUUCUGCUGAUGGUGGUGGUGGAUGCUGCCCAGGGGAGCGCCGGACGUCUGAUGCUGUCCCAACCUCUUCUGGGCUCACCUCUGAAUUGCUGAAGCUGCUGAACACCACAAAUAUUUGUUUGUCAGACACCGGCUUGGACUAUUUCUGGGUCGUCCUGCCCUUCCCCAGGGCCCCUUGCACAUCCCUGGGGGAGAGGUGGGCAUGGCUGUGCCUGCUGACCCGGCUGCUGCUGCGCUCCAGACCUCUUUACCUCUCCUGGCUUUCUCCAGAGGCCGUGUGGGGUAAGUGCUUGCGGAUGGGCUGAUGGCUCUGGAAAGAGCCACCAUCCCCACUGGACAAACACACGGUCCUGGGGCUGCUGGGGCUGGCAUGGGAGACGUAGGGAUGCUCCUGAGCCCAUCUCCUCUGUCCUCCAGCCUUGGGCUCCGGCAAGAUCUGGGGACGUCCCCUCCUUUUCCAAACACUAGCCACCUGGGUCGUAUGUGUGCCAGUGCAAGCUUGUCCUUCCCUUUUGCCACUCCUGCGGGUGAUGGUAGACUUGGUCUGGUUUGAUAUGGCCAGGGCAGCCCUGCUUCAGCCCCAGCCCCGUUGCCUCCCUUCCCCGUGCUGCUUCUGCAAAGCUCUUCUGGGUUUUGCUUGUGAAGGGGUCGUUAUUCGUUCUUAUAGUUGAAAGUACUUAGCCUGGAGGCACAACUGGCAUCUUCACCCUGGAGAAAACUGGAUGCUCUCCCAGGAGUGCUGGACCUCACAAAGUGCCUUGCUGAUCGUCAGGCCGGGGCGUUUGCACCCAUCUUUCAUUCUGAUGGGGACAAGCCGAGGUCCAGCACCCUGUCUGAGCUGGUCCCAGCACCUCUGCGGGGGCAGGCGUUUUGGGUGCCCUGGUCUAGCUACUGGGUGGUUGCUUCUCUCGCAGAGCAGCUGGUGGCUUGGGGACCUCUCCUUGCUCCGAGCCACAGGCAGCAAACGGAGAGCGGUGCGGGUGGAUGUUUCUGUUGCUUGGGUCUUGCCUUGUAGACCUGCUUCUGCAGCAAAGGGCUCUCCUGGCCAGGGGAGCAGUGGGUUUCCCUCUCCUUGGAGUUAUCCCUUCUCUUUGGAGAACAGAAGUGCACCUGGGAGAGGCUCAAAUCAUUGUGUGUGAGCAGUCGCUGAGCUGUCCUAUGCCUCUUUUUGGGGCAAAUAGGAAAAUCGUGGGAGAGCAAAGUGGCUCGUGGCUUGACCGUCUCGGACGCUGCCUGCUCUGCCGCUGCUCUGGCAGACGGUACAGCAUAGCUCUGUCCCAGGGAAAUAACCGGGAUAUACAGGGGCUGGCAGCAAAGGGCCAUCUCUCAGCCUGGGAUUUCAUGUUGCAAUUAAAGCAUUAAAGGAAGCAGAGCAGUUUGGGUGGAGUAAACUAGAUUUCAACCUCAGUUUUAAGCUGCAGUACAGGUUGUCAGGUUCCCUGUUGCACUUGCAGGUGUAAAACGAAUGCAGCCGCAUGUUUUACAAAAAAUACUUUUCUAAGCUUUUCGGAGAGUUGUCUGUAAAUCAUUUUGGAGACGUUGUGGUUUUUUUAAUGUCCGUCGCUACUAAUAAAAGUGCGUGCAUUAUUCCA